CACGCGCUUCGGACCUGCGCAGACCUGCGCACUGUGGUUUGGUUAUCUGGACAAACAGGGUCUGCAAGGGGUUAUCAGAAUGCAUAAUUUUGGUAGAAAUGUGUUAUUAUGAUCGGUUAUCAAAGAUCAGAGGUUAAAUAGAACCCAGUCAAGCUUCUAAAAUCGCUACUGUUUAUUAUUGAUCAUUUUUAGACGUACUUCCGGGUAGCCAUGGCUAUAGCAUCGGAGGAUCUGAAAUUCACUUUACAAGAGGUUCUUGACACUUUUAAGUCAUGCCUCUCUGAACACAAAGAAGUAUUCCUUGAACAUUACGUAGCAGGGUGGCGUGGUCUCGUAAGAUUCAUGAACUGCCUGGGGAGUGUGUUUUCCUUCAUCUCCAAGGAUGCUGUCAACAAGAUCCAAAUCCUGGUCAACCAUCUGAAUGGUGAGAAUGGGGCCCACUACGUCACCAUCCAGUCUAUGGUCAAGUAUGAACUGGACAGCCAACUGGUGGACCUGACCAAGAGAGGCAGUUUCCCAGAGUCCGGCUGCCGCACCCUCCUGAGGCUGCACCGUGCCCUACGCUGGCUGGAGCUAUUCCUGGAGAGGCUACGAACCAGCACUGAGGACAGCAAUACCUCGGUCAUGUGCUCUGAGGCCUAUAAUGAGUCCCUCGCCCAACACCAUGCAUGGAUCAUCCGCAAGGCUGCCGGCACAGCGUUCUGGGCUCUCCCAGGUCGUGCUACGUUCUUUGAUGUGUUGAAUGUAGGUAGCCCAGAGCAGGUGAUGGCUGUGCUAGGGGACACACUGCCUCUCAUCUCUGAGGUAUACAAAGUGACAGAGGACCUCUAUGCCCAGAACAACAUACUGGAGUUGCCCUAGUAGGCAGAAAGUACUGUAUAAGGAGGGGAUUAUUAUUGUAUAUAAUAUGUACAUUAUGAUAUAAGGCAACAUUACCCAUAUGUUUCUUUCUAAAUGUAAUUCUAUGGCUUCCAGUGCUGUUUUUGUUCAACACACGUUUCUGGCAUUACAUUUUCUCCUUAAUGUACUUUAAUUAUGCAUCAUAGUUUAUCUCUCAAAGUAGGUUUUGUAUCAUUACAAAUGCACUAGCAGAUUUAAAGGUUGUGUGCCUGUCUUGUUAAAUCUCAAGAUAGACAUUUUAUUUUUAGAAAUAUAAACCAGUUAUUUUACAGUUUUAAAUGUUUUCUGUUGACUGAAUUAAGUUAUACACUGUGACAUGAUAGGCCUAAGCUAUGUUGUUUUUGUUCUAUUUCUGCAAUGAUUUAUGUAUCUCUAUCAUUUUGUCGUGAUGUUAUAUAACCUAAGAUUGAAGAAGGAUAUUAGUGUUA